GCGAAGGGCGCUAUUUAUAGGUGUAGGUUGAGGGUAGUCAGUUCCCAACCGAGACGUUCCUAUGGAUGAUAGUCGGGUCCUUGUUGCUGGUGGAGUGGGCAAGAGGAAGAAGGCCAAGAAAAAUCCCAAGGCCAAUCCUUCCACCGUCACUAAUCAAGAUGCAGGGUCCUCUCAGCCCGUUCAGGCACCUGUGCCUCUUCAACAGGUUUUCCACCAUCAGGAGCCUAAAGAUAUGAUGAUGGACAACCCGUUCGAGUCUGAACAAUCGAAUCAUUUUUCUGAGCAUAUCCAGGCCGCUCAGGAAACAACCAUGGAAGCCGAUCAGGCCAAUCCAACUAAUAUUGUCAGGCCAGUCGCACGGAUCACUCUGGAGGAUCCGGUUCAUGAAAUCCUGGAGAAGGCUGGUUCUGUUGGGAGCCAAGUUUGGUCAACCUCUUCUUACUUCAAUAAUUUUC